AUGAAAGAUGAAAAUUAUUCAGGAGGAUCAAGACGAUCAAGAAAUCCUAGGGAUCCAAUUUGGACAUGCGUCGCUGGGGAUCCAAGAAUCACCCAACAAAGGGAAUAUGUUGUUCCGAGUACCAGCGAUUCUGAAUCUGCACCCUUGGCUAGUAACCAUGUUAAGGGUCUCAGUGUCACUUCGGCAGCAGUUUUUAUCGCUGGCGAAAUGGCUGGAAGUGGAGUUUUAGCAUUACCCAGAGCUGUUGUUGAUGCAGGAGCAUGUUGGGAAAUAUUGGAAGAAAGGUAUUUGGAUUACAGACAACCUGUACGAAAUCCAUAUGCGACUAUAGCAUUUAGAGCUGUGGGACCUUGGGCAAGAAAAUUAGUAUCAUUUUGUAUUCAAUUCACAUUGUUUGGUGCUGGUACUGUUUAUUUAUUAUUGGCAGCACAAAUUGUGAAAGAUUUACUCGAUGAUUAUUUUCCAAAUUUUGGUCUUUGUAUUUGGUUUCUCAUAAUAUCAAUAAUACUAAUGCCUGCCAUGUGGUUUGGAUCACCAAAAGAUUUUCGGGUCGUUGGAAUUGGUGCCUUAUUGACGACAGCAAUAGCUUGCGUAUUAAUUUUUACUCAAAUAGUUUUAGAUGGUUUACACAAUAUGAAACCAGUUAAAAGAAAAGUUCAUGGUUUUUAUGAUUUUUUUGUGUCGUUUGGAACUAUAUUAUUUGCUUUUGGUGGAGCUUCAACUUUUCCCACCAUUCAAAAUGAUAUGAUUAAUAAAGAAAAAUUUUCAAAAAGUGUUUUUAUUGCGUUUAGUGUAAUUUUAGGUCUUUACGUUCCCGUGACGUUUGGGGGUUAUAUUGUUUAUGGAGAAAUGGUUACUCCAAAUAUAAUUCUGUCACUUGGUCACACAUCUUUAGUCAAAAUGGCUAAUAUACUCAUGGCAAUUCACUUAGUUUUGGCAUUUUUAAUUGUUAUUAAUCCAGUUUGUCAAGAGCUUGAAGAACAUUUUAAAAUUCCUAUGGAUUUCGGUAUUAAACGAUGUUUAAUAAGAUCUGGAAUAAUGCUAACAAUGGUUUUUGUCGGAGAAACUAUUCCAAGGUUUAGAAAAAUAUUAGCAUUGGUUGGUGGUUCCACCAUAACUCUUUUAACGUUUGUUUUUCCGGCUUUAUUUUACAUGUUGCUAUGCAGGCAACAUAAAUUAGAAUGGCCUGAAAGAUCCAUUCCUUUACAUAUUCGUUUGUAUUUAUGGGAAUUGAUUAUCAUUGGUGUGAUAGGAGGUACAGCAUCCAGUUAUAGUGCAAUAUUAUCAAUUUUUAGUCCCGAUGCAUUUUCUCUCCCUUGUUAUUGGAUAUUUUCGUGA